UCCAUUUCAAAAACAGAGUAAUCCAAUUUCAACAGAAGGAAGAAGAAAAGCAGAACGGAAGGAUGAGUUUAAGGCAAAUAGAGGAGGUGAUGAAGGACUCAGGAGGUCGAGUUGGUGAUAAGAAGGACAACCUCAUUUCCAAACUCCAUGACGACGACUCCGGCAACCCCGCCGGCGCCGGAAAGACCGACUCCAGCAGCGCUCUUCAGCUCUUUCUCAACCACAUUCCCAUCAGUUCCAUCCCCGGUAUCCGAAACCCGCCUGUAUUGGAACUCAAAACUGGGGAUUCUUUGAGAGACGCCAUUCGUUUGCUGUACGAGAAAAAUGUUUCAGGAGCUCCGAUAGCAGAUGUCGUCGUUGAUCCCAAUGCUGCCGCCCGGAGAUUUUCGGAUCGAUACAUUGGUUUCAUUGAUUUCGCCAGCAUGCUUCUGUGGUCUCUUGAGAGAAGUGAGAAGGAUCAAAUUAAUACAGAAGGAGAUGGUGACGACAAUGAGGCCAGCAGCAGUGGGAUCUUCUCCAUGCUAGAACAGAAUCCCCACAUUGGCCAAACUAAGGUGGGAGAGCUUGCGAAGUCAUUCCUCUGGGAUCCCUUCUUACCUGUGAACUUAGAUGACACACUCUUUCAUGUACUCCUGCUUCUCUCAAAGCACCGGCUAAAAGUCGUGCCUGUCAUCGAGCAAUCCGAUUCUCAGGUCAUAGGUUUCGUUACACAGAAUGCAGUGAUCCAGUUGCUGCUUCAAUCUAGCGGACUGGAGUGGUUCGACAACAUUGCAAACAAGGCUCUAACAGAGUUCCGGCUUGAAAAUGAAGACCGUGUUCCUCAGGCAUUUGAAGACCAAAGCAUAGCAGAGGCAUUGCACAUCCUAUGGGAAAGCCAAAUCAGUGCCGUUGCAGUUGUAAACCGAGAAACAAAUCGGCUCACUGGUUGUGUGAGGAGCAGCGAUGUCCAUCUUCUUUUGGACAACGGCCAUCUCUUUCAUAACAGAAAGAGCAUUUCUGUUGAGCAAUUCAUUCAUUUGGAUGGAGGCAAGUUAGACUCUGAUCCCACCAUUGAACAAGACCUCGGGGCUCUUCUUUUGGAAGGGAUUCUCCGGCUGAAGAACAGCUUCCUUCCCAGAAUGGACUUGCCAGUGAUCAACAAGAAAACCGACACCCUCAAGCAGGCCAUGAAAAAUAUGGCCGAGACAAAGAGCAACUUCAGCUUUCUAGUUGAUGAACGGCAGCAAGCAACGGGAGUUCUAACAUUAAGAGAGAUAAUUGUUCAAUUUGCUCCGCCAUGUGUGGAUUCAAGAAUCAAUGGGGUUGGCUUCUUCGAAUCUGCUCUGGAACAGAGUGGGUGUCAUGUUGAAGGUGGGAGUAUAGUUUGUAAUCACUGAUUCUUCCUUUGCUCACAAUACUCAAGUACCAAUUUAUCAUUCCUGGGGAGGCUACUUUGUAUUUUCUUGUAUUUUUUUUCCUGUUUUGUGAACUCAAUUUCUCCCCAUAGAAAACAGUGUGAGGAGAAUUAUUUAUGCCAUCUUUGUAAUACUUCUGUUCUUGUAUAAACGCAUAAUGGAUUGAGAUGGUAA